AUGCUAAAGCCUAUCUUUUCGUUCCUCGCUCGCAGGUCUGACGAUGGCGCGCUGUACGCGUCCGUCGCAAUCGGUUGGAUUGCCCUGAUUUGGUAUGCAUUCAUACUGGCGGUGUGCAGCCUAGGAUAUUUUCAGAUAUGGAAAUAUUUCCUCAGCCAGCCUUAUCGGUCACGGCUAAUGAACGCCUCCGAUGUACCGCACGUCACCGCCAUUCGGCCCGUCAAAGGCCUUGAGCCGCACCUCUAUGACUGCCUUGCUGCCACAUUUCGACAGUCCUACCCGCGCGACAAGCUCAGCAUCCGUCUCUGCGUGGCGACGCGUGCAGACCCAGCCUAUCCUACCCUCCGCAAACUAAUUAGCGACUUCCCGCAUGUUGACGCGCAGAUUUUCGUCGAAGACGAGGAUCCCCUCUUGCAGCAGGAUGGCAUCAAUACGUACACGCUUGGACCGAAUCCCAAGAUCCGAAAUAUGAGCCGCGCAUACAGAGAGGCGAAAGGAGAUAUCGUCUGGAUAAUUGACUGCAAUGUCUGGGUCGGGAAGGGAGUCUGUGCCCGGAUGGUGGACAGGCUGUGCGGGACUGGACCCUCAUCGAGCAAGAAAUACAAGUUUGUGCACCAUCUACCUGUGGCAGUGGAUGUGACAGGAGAUAGCAACCUGCGUGAGGAGCGGCAGGCGCUCCUAGAUGCCAACCCAGAAGCCACGGAUGCUGAUACAGCGGCCGCAGCGAUGCCGUCCGUCCGUCCGGAGGAUGGGCCUUCAGCCAUGAUCGCGACUGGAGGCGGUCGUUUAGAAGAGCUGUUCCUGUCCUCCGCGCACGCCAAAAUGUACACCGCGAUCAAUACGGUUCUCGUUGCGCCGUGCAUUGUGGGGAAAUCUAACAUGUUCCGCCGCUCCCACCUUGACUAUCUUACCUGUCCCUCGGUGUCGGGUUCCCAGGCUCGCCAUCCUGGCAUCGAUUUCUUCUCCGACAACAUCUGUGAGGACCAUCUGAUCGGUGAUCUACUGUGGAAGAAGCAGGUGCGGGAAGAGAAAGAGCUCCGCGAGCGUUGGGGCAAGCAUGCCAUGGUCUUUGGUGACAUGGCUAUUCAGCCUGUUGCCAACAUGAGCGUGCCGGCAUAUAUCGCCCGGCGUGUCCGGUGGCUGCGAGUCCGUAAAUUCACCGUUCUUCUCGCUACUCUUGUCGAACCAGGCACUGAGUCGUUCCUAUGCACACUCUAUGGUGCCUGGGGCAUCACCACUGCCUUGGCGCCGUAUCUUGAGCGGAAUGGCGUGCAAUUUGCUGCCCGUCUUGGGACAUGGCGUGCGUUUUUUGUUUUGUUCGCACUUGGCAUAUUCUUCUGGAUCAUGGUCGAUUGGACACUAUAUAUCAUGCUGCAUUCCGCAAAAUGCAUCGAGUUGGAUGGGGAUACCCCAGAUUUCGCUCGGCCUCAACGCUACCGAUCAUCCCAUAUUACUCGUCGGCCAUUCAUGCAAUGGCUCGCCGCCUGGCUCGGCCGCGAAUUGCUGGCCCUGCCUAUCUGGAUCAUGGCGGUGUAUGGCGGUGUGACAGUCGUCUGGCGAGACCGGCGCUUCAAGGUCGGCUUCGAUGCAAAAGUUCGGGAGAUCGAUCCCGCUACUCCACUACCUGUGGGGGUCUCGUCUUCCACCGGAUCGGUGACGGGCAAGGUUCGCAGUGAUUGA